UGUGUGACAGGAGAGCUGAUUCGAGGUUCUACAUUGUAUCUAUACAUUUUCGCUCUGCUAUGGAAAGUUUUCUGCUGACAUUAAUGACCUCUCGCAUUGUGUGUCACAACCGGGGCGAAACGAGUUAAAACAGAGAGGAAACUAGUUUUGUUUUCUUCGUCUGCUCGCCAUGUGAGGCUCCAGUUCUCCAGUUUCAUGACCGUGACACCGGCAAAGUCCAGCACUACACUACACUACAUCCAGAAAUUUCAUCCAUAGGCCACCAUCAGAUUUCCAACAGGAUGGAUGUCCUUUCAAACAGCAUCUCCAUGUCCAACUACAUACCUGGAGUGGUCCCCUCAUCUGUCCCUCCUCCUCCUAUGUCUAUCGAGAAACUCUUGCCUGCUCUCCUUGAGUGUUUUGGGAUCAUAUUGUGUGGCUACAUCGCUGGUCGGGCCAAUAUCAUCACCCCCACCCAAGCCAAAGGUCUGGGGAACUUUGUGUCAAAAUUUGCCCUACCAGCAUUGCUGUUUAAGAACAUGGUGCUCCUGAACUUUGGCAAUGUCAUCUGGUCAUUUCUUUGGAGCAUCUUAGUGGCCAAAUUGACUGUGUUUUUUGUUGUGUGUGUACUGACGUUGGUGGUGGCCAGCAAAGACAGCCGAUAUGCCAAAGCCGGACUUUUUUCUAUAUUUGCCACCCAAAGUAAUGACUUUGCUCUUGGAUACCCUAUAGUUGAAGCUCUAUACAGAAACACCCAUCCAGAGUACCUUCAGUAUAUUUACCUGGUGGCACCCAUCUCCCUCAUGGUGCUCAAUCCCAUUGGGUUUGCAUUUUGUGAGAUACAAAAAAGGAGUCAUGAGCAACAGCCGCAGCAGAAUAAGCUGCAUGUGGUUGGGAUGGUCUUACUUCAGGUGCUCAAGAAUCCUAUUGUCUUUAUGGUGGUAAUUGGGAUUGCAGCACACUUUGUCCUGGGUCCAAAGAUCCCAGAGUUCAUGCAGGAGUUUGUGGAUGGUUUGGCCAACUCUUUUGGAGGAGCAGCUCUGUUUUAUCUGGGUCUGAGCAUGGUGGGGCAGCUGAAGAAACUAACCAGGUCCACCGUGGUGGCUCUCAUACUUCUCAUCACUGCUAAACUGCUGGUGAUGCCACUGAUUUGUAGAGGAAUGGUGGAGGUUUUGGACAGAGGGAAUAUUACCUCUCAAAACCAGACCAGUCUCUCUAACUAUGCUUUUCUGUAUGGCGUCUUCCCUACUGCACCAAGUGUGGCUAUUUAUGCCAGUCACUACAACAUGGAACUGCAGGUGAUGACCUCAGGGAUGGUGAUCAGCACAUUCCUCUCCGCUCCUAUAAUGUACGUCUCUGCAUGGCUGCUGACUAUUCCCUGGAUGGAUCCCAAACCACUAGAAUCAGCACUAAAGAACAUUAGUUUUAACAUCAGCAUUGUCAGCUUUGUCGCGCUAGUGUGGUGUGUAGCUGUUAGUAUAAUGAGUAAGAAGUUUCGCAGACGACCUCACAUGUUUACCAUCAAUCUGUUCGUGGCUCAGCUGGGGGUGUGUAUAGGUAUGAUUGCUUGGAAUUUUGUGGCAGUUAAGAACAACUUCAUUGGUCAAGUUUUGACUUUUACUCUACUCUAUGGCUCACUCUACAGCACUUACAUUUGGCCAGGUCUGAUAGCUCUCUCUCUGUUCCUACUGAGGCGGGAUGACGAGCUGAAAGUGCGGCCUGCUGUUUUAAUGCUAAUAGGUUGGGGAGUGCCAUGUGUAGCAAUGAGUAUUCUGCUCAUUGUGGGAGAGAAGAUGCCCGACACCAUUGAUUCUGCCUUUUUUUUUGGUCAUUCACAGGUUAUGUGUACAGUGAUCGUGUUAGGUGUAGGUAUAGCUGUAGCUGGAAUCUCCCUCAUGCUGCUCAGCAGAGGCACACAUGAAUAUCAAACCCUUGAGCACGCUUCACUAAAUGGCACUACAGAGGAUCUCAGGACUGACAACAAUACGCAACCAGAAAGCACUACUAAGCAGAUCAGCAUAGAGGAUGGUAAUUGGAGAGGGUGUGAGGGAUGUGAGUGUAGGUGUUCUUCAGUUCAGGCUGUACCAAAUAAUAUUUGCAACAACAGUGUGAAGGACAUACCAUCAAUACAGCCAGGUCAGUGUGACAACUGCUGUGAUGCCUCUCAUUGUUUGCUGGUGGAAGAGGAACAGAAGCAGCAGACUGCAGACAGACAGGUAGCCAGACACAUACUGCUCUGUCUGCUACUCACUGUCAGUCUCGUGGCUAAUAUUUCUAGCUAUCUCUGGUGGCUUUUCAGUCCUGUUCCAGGCAGACUCUACUUGGAGCUGCAAUUCUUCUGUGCUGUGAUCAACUUCGGACAGGGUUUUAUAUCAUUCGGCAUUUUUGGUCUUGACAAACAUUUAAUUAUUAUACCAUUUAAAAAGAGGUUAGCUCGUCUGAUGCAGUCUCGGGGACAGGAGGCAGACGGUCCAUCUAAUGUGUCUGAGGAGAUCCGAAUCACCUGCAGUCAAUUUCUCAAGUACCAUAAGGAACAAUGUGUCCAUGACAUUGUCCAGAAAAAGAGGUGUGGGGAGCACAGUGUAGCGCACACGUUUCUCGGCAGUGACAUGGUGCAAUGGCUGCAAACAGUUGGAUUAGCUAGUGACCAGGGGGAGGCACUGCUCUACGGCUCUCGCCUGCUGGAAGGCGGAGUCAUCCACCACAUCACUCAUGACUACAGUUUCCAAGAUGACAACCUGCAUUACUGUUUCACACAGGGCUCUGUGGUUCAUCGCUAAAGCUUGAGGAAUAUUAUACCCAUUAAACACAACUGUUAGUUCAACUUUCAGUCUGUUGAACAUAACCACUGACUUAACCUUGGUGUGUAUUACACUUUGUGUAAACUGACUUCAGGAUGAAAAGGGAUGCAAAAAAACAUGUGCUGCUUUGAGGAGUAAACUACACAGCGUGACCCAAAAGUCUGGAUACAUAGGCAAGCAAGCAAAUGCUGUAAAAAUCAGCAGCAAUAUCUCUGUGUGAAGAAGCAUGUAUUGGUAGCGUGAGUUUCAUGCAUGCAUAAGACUCUUGGGUUACUCUGUGUGUGUGUGCAUGAAUAAUUUUAAGUUGCACAAGCCUACAGUCCACUAAAUAUUUUAAAUACAAUGUAUUUUAAAUACAAUGUAAAGAAAUCCACUGGAUGUCUUUUAUUAUGCAUCUUCGAAUAUAUCAAGCAUCACUUCUGCAAAAUUUUUUGUAUUAUUAGUUGUGUCUUCCAUUAAGCACUUUUCAGCUGGCCUUUUCCUGUCACAGGUCUUCCAGGAGAUUACCAAUAUAUAUGGGCAUUUCCUUUAGACUUAAGAUUUAUGUUUGGACUAUUCACACACAUUUUAUUCUAUAAGGGGUGUUCAAGUCAAACUGGAACUUUUCGAUUGAGAAUAACAACACAGUUAUGAGAGUUAAAAACUAGAAUUAUUUCUCUAUAUAUAUGAAAUUACACAAAUAUAUGGUGGCACACUGGUGUAGUGGUUAGCAACAUGGCCUUGCACCUCCAGGAUCGAUGGUUCGAUUCCCACCUCAAGUCUGUAUGCAUGGAGAUUGCAUGUUGGGUUUUUACAGUUUUUUCUAAGGAUUCUUUUUGCUGUUUGAAGAUCUGUUGAGAACAUCUUUCUCAUUCUGUUCGUGGGCGAGUUGCUACUCGUACAUUGUUGGAUUUUCUUUAAAAGCUUUAUCAGUAAUGUAUUAAUAGCAUAACCUUACUUGCUCUUGCAAAAACAGAACACCUUUGGUGUUCCUACUAAGCAUUUUUUCUUUCUUUUUUUUAAACACUAAAGAAAAGGGCUCUUGAAGGAGUUAAGGGAGGGUAGCAUUUCAGCAGUGAUUAACUGAGAAAACUAGUGUAGGAGAGGAUUAUAUAUAGGUAGUUUUAACUCUUAUAACUGUGGUGUUCUCUUGUACAAUCAAAAGGCCCGCUUUGACUAGAAGAGCCCUCAUAAAUGUGUGCACCAGUGAAGCAAUUCUGAGGUGUUUUACAAAUAUCAAUUCAUAAAUAUUUAUACAAAAACACACUGGGGAAAAAUGUUUUUAUUUAUAGUAGUCAUUAUUCCUGGUUUUGGAGUUUAUGUUGGGAUUUGUAGUCAUUUAUGCCAUUAUCCAGAGGUUAAAAAACAUUUAACUACAUGUCUCUAAUAUACAGUAGUAUAUGUAACAGAUUGUAUG